AUGGGCUCGCCAGAAAGAAGGUCCAAGCUCCCACCCGUGCUGGACUUUUCAGCUUUUCGAAGCGAAGAUGAGGCUUUGAAGACUGAAUUCCUCCAAGCACUGGGACAAGCUUGUAGAGAUAAGGGGUUCUUCCAGCUCAUACACCACGGCGUGGAGCACGGGCUCCAACAAAGCAUAUUUGCCGCCUCCAAAGAGCUGUUCGAUCUCCCUCUUGAAGAAAAGCUGAAGGCUAGACUGAAGGCUGGAACGAACGGACGAGGCUACGAAACAAUAGGAGAUCAAAUGCUGGAACCCGGCUCAGCUCCGGACACCAAAGAGGCCAUCUACUUAGGCGAAGACCUCCCCGCCGACCACCCGCGCGUGCUGCAGGGUGAAUACGGAUGCGGUUCGAACAUCUAUCCUUCCUGUCUGGGCCUGCAGUGGCACCAGACUUGCAUGGAAUACUUUCGAGCCAUGACCACCCUGGCCCGCGAGGUCAUGCGAGCUCUCGCGGCGGCCCUGAGAAUCCCCGAGGACUACUUCGCCCGGUUCACCGAUUUCGAACCCAUCGCGACGCUUCGCUUGGUGCACUACCCGCCGACUCCCCGGACGUCGGACAGGGAGCGAGGCUGUGGUGCCCAUCGCGACUUCGGCUGCGUCACGCUCCUGCUGCAAGACGGCGUCGGCGGCCUCCAGGUCCAGGACGAGGAGACCGGCGAGUGGCUGGACAUCGACCCCGUCCCGGGCGCGUACGUGGUCAACCUCGGAAACCUCAUGGCCCGCUGGACCAACCACCACUACACCUCCAACACGCACCGCGUGAUGAAUUUCUCGCCGACGGACCGCUACUCGAUCCCCUUCUUCUACAGCGGCAACGCCAAAUAUACCUUGGAGACCAUUCCCGGCCUGGAGCAGAGGCCGCAGUCUAUCGCUGCCAGGAAAUACGGCCCCGCCAUCCCCGCGGAGCCAUAUGGUCCCGUCUCCGUUACCGACUUUCUACGAGAGCAGUUCGUCCAGUCGUACAAGCGUGCCCACGACUACAAACCAAAGGCGGUUGAUGCAGCGGUAUAG